AUGACCGGAUUCAAGCUCCUCAAGCGGGUUUUCGCUGCCAUGACGGACGACGAUGACCAGGGGGUCACACUGCAUCAUGAUGGGCCUGCUGAUGAUAGUGAUAGCGAAAACGGGGUGAACCUGGACGACAUGCUCGGGUACAUGCAGCAUCUGAAACAGCAAGGGGUGAAGCUCGGCAAGAAGAAAAAGAAGAAGCAGGCUCGUAUGAAAGAUCUCUUGGCGCAGGGCGACGACACUGCUGGGCCUUCGAACUCACCUACUAAUGAUGAAGUCGCUCCUGCUUCUGCGGCGGAACCUACGCCUGCUACUAUGACCGCCGUAGCACCUACCGCCGUAAUCGAUCGUGCCGCCCCAACCGUUCCCUCGCCUCUCACUGCGAGUGCCAGUACUGCUGCCGUAGCAACGACUGCCGUUUCCACUGCUGGACCCGCGAGUACGGAUCCUACCCCUGCCGUUACCAACCCGGUGGCCGUCUCGGCUCCAACGGUUGUCCUCGCAGUGGACGAGGCUACCGCGAAUGCUGACGCUUCCGCCGUUACCGCCUCAGCUGCUGAUGACGCAACACGCGGAUCGACUGCCGGCCAAGUGAUUGCCUCAUCGUUGGGGAUUGCCAUCCCAGUGAACCACCGCACCAUUGUGCCGGCCGAGCAAGCAGUAGCACAAGAGACCUUCCGUCUGCAAGGACAGCUCGACGACCUGCGAACAACGCUGAGGCGCACGCAGGAGCGCGAGAGAGAGUUGUCGAACCUUCUCUCGGAGCGGGACGCCGAGCUGGCAGCGCUCAACCAGCGGUGCGCUGAGGCCAUCCGGUUGAACGAGCAGCUCCUGCAGGACCUGCCCCGUAAGGCCCCGUAA